AUGCAGUUUUUAGGCAGCAGCAGCAGCAGCAGCAGCAGCAGCAGCAACACAACAGUAACAACUGCAGCAACAACAACUGCAGAAGCAGCAGCAGCAGCAGCAGCUGUACCCAGCGGUAGCAGCAGCAGAUGCAAGACAACUGCAGCAGCAGCAACAGCUGCAGCAGCAGCAAUAUCAGCUUCUUCUGCACCGUGCUGCAGCAGCAACAGCAGCAGCAGCAGCAGCAACAGCAGCAGCAGCAUAAAAACAACUGCAGCAGGAGCAGCAGAUAGAGAAGCCUCUAUCAGCAGCAGCAGCAGCAGCAGCAGCAGCAACUGUAUAACUCCUUUUUUGUCUCCUCAGCAGCUGUCUCCUGCUGCGGCAGCAAACACAAAAACACUAAACCUCUCUCUCUCUCCUUCUUUAUAUACCUUAUAUGAGCAGCAGCAGCAGCAACAGCAACAGCAGCUGCAGCAGCAGCAGCAGCAGCAGCAGCAGCAAAAGCUGGAGCAACUGCAGCAGGUGCCGCUGCAGAAACUACAGCAGCAACAGAUACAUCAGCUGCAGCAGCAGCAACAGCAACAGCAGCAGCAGCAGCAGCAGCAACAGCAGCAGCAGCAGCAGCAGCAGCAGGAGACAGCAGCAGACUCUAUCGCCACUCUGAAGCAGCAGCAGCAGCAGCAGCAGCAGCACCAGCAGCAGCAGCAGCAGCACCAGCAGCACCAGCAGCAGCAGCAGCAGCAGCAGCAAAACAAAACGACACUGAUUAUUCGUCUUAUUUUAAUCAACAGCUCGUUUGCUGCUGCCCUGCUAGCAGCAAUGCAUGCAGCAGCAGCAGCAGCAGGAGGCGGUGCAGCAGCAGCAGCAGCAGGAGGCGGUGCAGCAGCAGCAGCAGCAGGAGGCGGUGCAGCAGCAGAGCUGCUUCUCUUCGGUGUCUUUGCUUUGCCUCGCAGCAGCCUUCUUGCUGCUGUCUUUCCUGCUGCAGCAGCAGCAGGCGGCGCAGCAGCAGCAACUGCAGCAGCAACUGCAGCAGCAACUGCAGCAACAACAGCAGCAACAGCUGCUGCGCCUCCUGCUCCUAUUACUCACUAG